CCACUUCUGUUUGACACGCUGAAAUGUCAUUCCACAUACUUAGGGGGACACAGAGGACGCUAAGCCGCGGGUUUUACAACCUGCCUGUGUCGGCCCCCCCUUGAUCAUGAGUGAGGCCUUGCACACCUUUUCAGACAUGAAAGGUCUGGCGGCAGCUUGCUGACAGCUGCAUCCUCUACCCAAAUAACAACGAGAAGUGCUGGAAUACAACAGUUUGUCAGGCUGCUGCUGCUGCUUUGUUUUCCAGGGACGAUCCACUUGUCUUCUAGUUAGUUGAGUUGUGUAAUUUCCUUGUGAUGUGUCAAUAUCACACUUGAUAGAAGCAGGAAACGCCGCACAGAAUAGUAAAAUAUUCAAUUAUUUUGGUCUUGAAUUUCACCCGUUCCACUAAGAUAUCUGUUGCCUCUUCUGAACAUUUAGUGCACAGGUUCUUUUGUUCUGUAAGGCUAUUCUUGUGAUGAGUUGGAACUGUAGCAUUGGCUUAUGUUUGUGCUAUAAAUGGCUCCAGACUGAAGACACACGCAGGCCUGUCUAACCAGAGGUGUGAAGAUCUCAGGUGAGGCAGCGUCCCCUCACUGCUUCAUUAGACACAUCACAGCAAACUGAUAAUUGUCGUCGAGCUGACUUUAAAGAGUCAUUUCCCGCAAAAGCAAUCUAAUUAUUUUUCUUUCUAUCACAUGAUGCGUCUACUUGGCCCGAUUCACACCGCAGUGAUAACGAACGACGUCCUCCGAGAAGGUCGCAUUUUGCCACUUGAGGUUUUCUUUGAACUUUUUUUUUCCGCCUGAGCCGUGAACCAAUAAACCUUCCGGAGAUCUGCUUCUGUAUAAAAACGCUUUGGCCCAAAUCGGCUGGACAGAAUCCGCCUGUCGGUCGCCGCUGAUGUCACUCGGACGCGCGGAAGUCUCGGGCCUAUUUCAAACAUGAACCUGGAGGUUGUCACCGCUCAGCUUCUGUCCGAGUGGAAGAGCCACGAGAGUGCGUUCGGAGAAGAUCGGGGAGAAGAUCGGGACUCGCUUCAGUCCACCUCGCCGGAGUCCUCGCUGGACUCCCUGUGCUCGUCCCCGGAGAUGUGCUUCUCGGGCGGGAGCGGGGAGCUGGAGGACUUCUCUUUCGGCUUCACGGGGCGGAGGGCUGCUUCGGCGCAGAGGCUGGGCAAGCCCAAGAUGUCCACCAAAAGACGCAUGAAGGCCAGCGAGAGGGAGAAGAUGCGGAUGAGGAGUCUCGCGGAGGCUCUGCACCAUCUCCGAGACUACCUUCCGCCGGACUACAGCAGGAGAGGCCAACCCUUGACCAAGAUUCAAACCCUCAAAUACACGAUCGAAUACAUCAACAAGCUUUCGGACAUCCUGAGCCGCGCGUAACGGGACGCACAGUUGACUUUUUACGCACCGGGUUUAGUGGACUUUAGUGGAUUUUAUGAGAACUACGACAUCUUUGAGAUGACUUCUUCAUAUGAUCUCAUAUAUUAUGACCUUGGUUUGCAAUUUUCUUGAUGUAUAUAUUGUUUAGUGGGCACUUGGCAAUUUUUUUGUAGCCCACAUGCGGCUUUUUUUAUGGAGAUACAGUGUGCUGUUUGUUGUCAUGUAUGUUUCUCUUGUGGUGUCUCAAAGCUUAUGAAAUAUAGUUUUACUGAUGAAUAGUCUCUCUUUAGCAGACAUUUUUGUGUUAACAUAACUUUGUGUCUUGGUGUUUUUGUAAGCCACAUGAUAUGUGAUCGUUUUGUUGUGGAUGAAAGCUAUUAAAUAAUAAGGCCUCUUGUGUUUUCUAAA